AUGUCGAGUACACGAAAGCGCGCAAAUGGUGUUGUUGUGACCGAGACGGCUGCAUCGUCGCGUCCGAAACGCGGCGCGGUUGCCAAAGACAUCGCAGGCCCUACCAGUGGCCCUGCUACUAAGCGAGCGACAAAACCAAAAGCGAACACUGGCUCUAAGCGAUCAAGUACCGAGCAGAAGACACCCGAGAAGAGCACUAUCGAGGUGUCGCGGAAACGAAAGGCCACCGCGACGAAGGAUGGCUCGAACGAUGCUUCCAACGUGGAAGUCGGGAAGAAGCGCUCCAAAACACGCAAGACUGAGGCUGAUGGAAAAAAAGCGGUUCGUUCAAUUCAAGCCAAUACCAAGUCCAACAGUAAUGUCAAGACGAAGAAAGAUGAAAGCACGGGAGCCAGGACCUACUGGCUGAUGAAAGCGGAACCGGAAUCGAGACUGGAAAAAGGUGUUGACGUUAAGUUCUCCAUUGACGACCUGCGCGAAGCGAAGGAGCCUGAACCCUGGGAUGGCGUCCGAAAUGCGACAGCACGCAACCAUAUGCGUUCCAUGAAGAAGGGCGAUCUAGCUCUAUUCUACCACUCAAAUUGCAAAGUGCCUGGAAUAGCAGGCACUAUGGAAAUUGUUCAGGAACAUUCUAUCGACGAAUCCGCAUUCGACCCCGCGCACCCGUACUAUGAUCCCAAAUCCAGCAGAGAUAACCCAAAAUGGGAAGUUGUGCACGUCCAGUUUAGAAGCAAGCUAAAGAAGCUUAUCACUCUGGCUGAGUUGAAGUCUCUGGGGAAACCUGGGAGUGCACUUGAGGACCUUCAAAUGCUGAAGCAAUCCCGCCUAAGUGUGUCUUCAGUGACACCGGAGCAAUGGGAGUUCAUCAUGGGUUUGGCUGAAGAGGAAGAUGCCGAAGAAUGA